UUAUUCUUUGGCAAUUUAAGAUCUUUAGUAUUUGUCUGUUUUCAUUAUAACACCAUUAAUUGUUGAAUGGAAUUCCCUACGAGCUGUUAAUAGUACAUAUCGUUUCAAGUUCCAAAGCCAUGGGAUUUGUUGAAAAACAGGAGAGUAACGAUCAUAAAGACCAAAAUAUCGAAAACUCAGGAGCUGAUGUAGAGGUUGAAGAUUCUGCUUGGGUAGCGAAGAUUGAUAGGAACAUGAGCCAGAGCUCUGUAAGCAUAAUAGAAGACGAAGAAGAUGAAGAUGUUCAAGGGAAGAUAGAAAUCGGCCCUCGACGCACCCUUAAAGAACAGUAUGAAGCGGACAAGGACGAUGAAAGCUUGAUGAGAUGGAAAGAACAACUUCUUGGAGCUGUGGAUAUUAACGCUGUUGCAGAAACUCUAGAUCCAGAAGUCAAGAUUUUGAGCCUUGCUAUUGUAUCUCCUGGUAGACAGGAUUUGGUUCUUCCAAUUCCUAAUAAUGGAAAAAUCAAAGGAACAUGGUUUACGCUUAAAGAAGGAAGUCGUUACACUAUCAAAUUCACUUUUGAAGUUCAUAACAACAUUGUGUCGGGCCUCAAGUACACCAACACUGUUUGGAAAACUGGUCUCAGAGUUGACAAGACGAAAGAAAUGAUUGGCACUUUUAGUCCUCAACAAGAGCUUUAUACCCAUGAAAUUCCUGAAGAUACCACCCCUUCUGGCAUACUUGCUAGAGGAUCAUAUUCUGCCAAAACUAAGUUCGUUGAUGACGAUAAUAAGUGUUACUUGGAUUUGAACUAUACAUUCGACAUCAGAAAAGACUGGCAAUUGUCUUGAAGUCUUUAGAUCGAGAUAAUGUUAACUUGGUGCCUGUUUUAGAUCUUAAAUCACAAAUGAGCAAAUCAAAGUUUUUCAUUGCUGAAUUUAUUGACCAUCACGAAAAUGCAAUAACUAAGGCGAUGUUCUUCACUAAUCUUGAUUACUCCGGUGAACCUGCAAGGCCAAAACAGGGAGGAACCGUCAACCGUUCUCCGGGAGGGGAUACCGGGAAAACGCUCUGACGGUCAAGUCAGUGGAUAGACUUGGAUUGUUUAGGGAUUAAUUAGGAGAGAGCGACUUAUUUUUCCGGGCACUGGAGGAGGUCUUUUAUACUGAGGUUUCCUGCCACUCCGUAUGAGACAAUGGCGUCAGACCCGACAGGAUCGGGCGCGCUGAUUGGGCAAUCGUGCUCCUCGUUCUGUCAGAGUUAACGAUUGGUUCAGGUGGUAAUGCACUGAACAUCCCCCUUGUCGUCUGGAGUUGUUAUGCUUUGUCGCGGAGUAGAAGGCGCCCUUGGCGGGACCAGGCUUUCUCCACGGGCGCCCUGCACUUAGGGGCGCCUGCGGGCGCGAGGUUUCGUUGGGCUUGCUAUAUUAAGUGUGGGUCUGCCUUAGGAAGUUCUUUGGUGCGUCUAAGCGCGACUCCUGACCCGUGAUGGGGGCACGUCAUCAAGUCCCCUAGCCUAGUAGUCGUAGCGUUGCUAGACUAGAUAUGAUGUUCUGGACUUAACUGCUUUGUACACGCAUUGAGUUCUGAUUCAAUCGACGCUUCAAUUUUUCCGGCGACAUGACCGCCCAUUAUGAUAGUCAGUUACAUCAUUGCGUCAGGGAUUUUAAAUAUCCCGCCUUUCCUUAUUCUUUAUAAGGGUGAGGAUCCUCUUUAUCGGUUUAACCUUUUCCUCUUGUCUUUCCUUCUUCUUCCAUCAAGGUUUCCUUUAUUUUCUUUUCUGCUUCGAUGGCUGCUCAACCUGGUGUUACUCCUUCUGAUGCCGAAUUUAAGCUUCUCAGUGACGCUUAUGGAUUUUCCUCGACUGAUGGUAUGGAAUUUUCGGCGACUGACUCAAUGAUUCUUUCCACUCCUGCUAGCAAGGUUGGCAUCUACCUGAAGACUUUUGACGCUGGUCUACGCCUUCCUCUCACUGACUUCCAAUAGGAGCUUCUUCAGAAGAACGACUGUAGUAUUCAAAUGCUUACCCCGAACGUUGUUAACAAAAUGGUGGCGUUCGAGAUGAUCUGUUGGGCCAAUGGUGUGCUUCCUGAUUCCUUUGUAUUCAAGUUCUUUUUCCGGUUUAGUGCUACUGGUGACAAGUAUAUGUUCUUCGCUCGACGCGAUGGUCAUGUCUUGGUUCCUGACGGCAAAACCCCCAAGAAUUUGCAGGACAAAUGGUUGUAGGUCAAAUAGGAUCAAGUUGGCCGUGGGCACUACCGAGCAAAUAACUUCUCCGAUGUUACUCAAAAACGGUUUCCCCAUAAUCACGCUACUGUUGAUCUUCUGAAGACCAUCGAGGUCGUGCCUGAGGAGUACACUAAGUAUUUAAUGUAAAAUGAAUGUUCUGAGCCCAACAAAUACACUAAGUAUUUAAUGUAAAAUGACUGUUCUGAGGCCAACAAAUACACUAAGUAUUUAAUGCGCAAACAAUACACUAAGUGCUUUAAAUCUUGUCAGAUUGUGCGC